AUAGCCACUUAGAAAUGGGAUUGAUCGGCAUCCGUUUGGUUGCCAUGUAUAGCAAGAGGUCAAUACACGUGGCCCGCCCAUGUUAAGACAGUACAACGACAUCGUUUUGGUUAAGUCUCUGGCACUUUCUACUUCUCUCUCGGCAAGAAAGCAACUCCCAGUCCCAGAGAAGAAAAUAAUAAAAGAAUCAGUCACUCAAAACAAGCACAUAUUGCCCAGAAACAAAGCUCCAAAAGCUUCACCUGUUCGUCUUUUCUUUUUAUUGCACAAUCGCAAGCCUAGAAAACUAGAAAAUUCAUAAAAAUGGAUUUUAGGUGAGUGACUUUGGCUGAUGAGACUAUCAAUGGAAAGACCUGCCUUCCAAAAUCCAUUACGAGGUUUAGAAGAACUGCCUCAAAGCUCUGCUCUGACUCUUCCUCGGCCCUCUUGUCGGCAUUUACACGAAAGUGAUUAGCCAGUUAUUUAUCAAUCACUUUUACUUAAAGAAGCAAAGCUGCUUGCUUUUUGUUUUCCAGCUUGCAAAUUUUGCCUCUUUGAUUUUAAUGUCUUGCGCAAAUAAUAGUCUUUUCAUAAAAGAAUUUGUAAACACAACAGAUAAUGUCCAGUAUUACAAGGAAAGAAAGAGGGAAGUUGGCUCUCCGGUGUUGAGAAAAUCUCAUACAUUAGUACCUGGCUGAAAGUCUGCAAACCUGUUCAAGGUUGUGGGUCAUUACAUGAUCGAAAUGCUCUGUAUUUUGAAUGAUUCUGCUGUGGAGGACGAUCCAGAACAAAUACUUCUCUCCUUCUACGACUCACUCCGCUGAGUGAGCUUAUCUUGUCUUUUCUUCUCUUGUCUGAUUCCUUUUCUCGAUCAUCUAAAACUUCCUCUUCACCCUUCAAUGGUCUUUUUUUUUUUUUGUUUUUUUCACGUUGUACCUCAGCAAUAACAAUCUGUCAACUAUUUUUCCCUAUCAAAACUUUAGAAACUCAAAUGAACAUUAAUCCCUGUUUAUCCGUUGUUUGCUUCUCCUUUACAAAGAGCAAUAAUGGGGUCGAUGUUAAGAUUCCGAUUUUGGGCUUGGAAUGAUACCCAGUUACCCAACACAAAAUGCCAGGCCCAGGAGACAUAGGGUUUUAGACGAGAUUGAUCUGUUUUAUUUAAUUUAUAGUAAGAAAUUUGUUUCAAGAGGCCUUCGUGACCGCUGGUGUUAUUCUCCUCUUUCCCUGUAAUACUCAAGGUGCCAAAGCUCACAAUGGGGAGAAGACCAGCAAGGUGUUAUAGGCAAAUCAAGAACAAGCCAUACCCCAAAUCAAGGUAUUGCCGUGGUGUCCCUGAUCCAAAAAUCAGAAUUUAUGAUGUUGGGAUGAAGAAGAAAGGUGUUGAUGAGUUCCCUUUCUGUGUACACCUUGUGAGUUGGGAGAAGGAAAAUGUCUCAAGUGAGGCACUAGAAGCUGCUCGUAUUGCCUGCAAUAAGUACAUGACCAAACAUGCUGGAAAGGAUGCAUUCCAUUUGAGAGUGAGGGUGCACCCAUUCCAUGUUCUGAGGAUUAAUAAGAUGCUUUCGUGUGCUGGAGCUGACAGGCUUCAGACUGGGAUGAGGGGUGCAUUUGGAAAACCACAAGGGACAUGUGCCAGAGUGAACAUUGGUCAGGUUCUCCUUUCUGUUCGCUGCAAAGACAGUAACAGCCAGCAUGCACAAGAGGCCCUGCGCCGUGCUAAAUUCAAGUUUCCUGGUCGUCAAAAGAUUAUUGUUAGCCGGAAAUGGGGCUUUACCAAGUUCAGCCGUGCUGAUUAUCUGAAAUGGAGGUCAGAGAACAAGAUUAUGCCAGAUGGUGUCAAUGCAAAGUUCCUUGGAUGCCAUGGACCGUUGGCAGAUCGACAUCCCGGAAGAGCCUUUUUGCCUACACCAACUGCUUAAGCCAUCUGUUAGCAACCAUAAUGCUAUAUCUCAAGAGACUUGUUUAAUUGACUCAUUUUUCAUUGUGUACUUUGGGACAUGGAGUUUUUAGCCUCCUAUGCACAUUUUUGUUUCCUAGCUUGUUCAUUGCUGUGCCUUCACAUGGAAAAACAAAGUAUGAGAAUUUAUGAGUUAUAACCUUUCACAUCA